AGCCGUGCUGUGAUUGGCCAGAUUGUCAGUGUCCACCGGAGCUGGCGGAACUUUUAGCCUGACCUCCCGUGUUGUUCGGCAUAAGGCCACUCUUUAUCUUUUUACAUCGUUAAUUUAGUGCUGUCGCACCGGUUUUUAGGAACCCAUCUACUGUUUUAACCAGUUAAAUAGGGCUGUGACGCAGUGAGCUGUAUUAGCUUAGCAGAGCAACCUCUAAUCGGAUGUACCCCUAGUUGUCUUUUUAGCUAAAUGCUAACAGAAGCGCCACCGGGAAACAAGCAUGAACUGCCCCCCCACCAAGCGGCACCGGGGCCUGAACCAGGACGCCGUAGCGGCGCUCGCCUUCGACGACCCGUUUGGAGACGACGACGAAUUCACCCAGGAGGACUUGGACGAGAUCGACAUCAUCGCCUCGCAGGCCGCCACCGCGGCAGCCGGCGCCGGGAUCGGGGGGAAACCGGGACCCAGACCGGCGGGGCCGGCGCGCGGGUCCAACUGGCCCGGGGCGGCGGGCCAGAGCGGAUCUGUGAGCCGAGCCGCGGGCAACGAGAGCGCGUGCGGGUUCGGCGGCAGCGACAGAGGGAAUGCUGGGAUGCCGAGCAGGGAGCCCCUCGUUCGUAGGCCACAGCGGUUCGGGGCGGACCGAGAAGAAUCCCCCGGAGUGCUGGAGGCUCAGCACGCCGAGCUGAAGAGGAAGCUGAAGGAGGUGGAGGAGGAGAUCGUGUUGAAGAACGGGGAGAUCCGGGUCCUGAGGGACUCUCUGAAAGGAGCUCAACAGGAGAAGGAGACGCAGCGGCAGAACCAGAUCCAGCUGGAGACCCAGAGGCAGAGAGAGCAGAGCGACAGGGAGACGGAGCUCAACAGGAAGGUUCAGUCUUUGCAGUCCGAGCUGCAGUUUAAAGAAGCAGAGAUCAACGUGAUGAAGACCAAGCUGCACAGUUCAGACAAAUCCAAGAUGGCCUCUCCGCUGCCCAGACACAGCCCUAAAGUGCUCAGCUCUCUCGCCCAGCUGCAUCAUGGGAGCGGCAGCAGCUCGUCCUCUCCGACGGGAAAUGGCUUCAUCACCAAGGAGGCGUUUGCAGCUCACGUCCCUUCCAGGACGACGCCGGUGAAGACGCGGAGAGACGCAGAGAGAGGCGGGUCCAGCGGCCGAUCCGGAGACAGACAGGAAGUGUCUCGGCCGGACCCCUUCCUGUCCGUCAGACCGGCUCACCUGCAGCACCGAGGUGGCGUCCUGCUGUGUCUGGUGCUUCAGCAGCCUUUGUCCCCCAGCAGCCUCGGCCUGUCUCACCUGCUCUCCAUGAGCCUGACCGACGUCCACCUGACAUCCAGCAGGUCUGCAGGUUUUCUGCUCCACCCUGAUGUGGGCGGGGCUGGAGGUGGAGAUCCCAGAGCGGCUCCGAGUCCCGUCCAGAGUCUGGCUGUGACCGGACUCGGCAUGCUGAGUCAGAACCGGCCGGCCGCCGACAGAGACAAAAGGUCGUGUCCCGGGGCUGUCCUCUUCCUCCCGCUGUUGGAGCUCCACCUGACUCGACUCUGUCAGGCUCUGGACUCCCUCCGGUCCGUCUCCGCCGGCGGCUCGCUCCCGGCGGGCCGCGCCGUCGGCCCGGGGGGGGCGGAUGAGGCCGGUUUGACUGGUUUCAGUGUGGAGGACGUUGGUUUGGCUGCUCUGAGGCUCCUCUACCUGCUGGUGGCCCACAGUGACGAGGUGGUGGAAGCUGUGUUAACGAAGGAGAACCAGAGCAGAACGCCACAUGUAAAGACCGAACACUCUGCUGCAGGCGUGGGUCUGACCUCCCAGAAUGCCUUGCUGCAGUCGGUGCUGCGGCUGUGUGAGGGGGGGCUCGGUGACGCUGUCGGUUCACAGAAUGAGGAGCUUGUCCUCAACGCCAUGAAGACUCUGUGCGUCCUCAUCGAGAGGACGCCGCACACGCAUGCCGACAGGUUGCAGUGUGUGUUGCAGGUGCUGUGCGUGUGUCUGUCGGCGGACUGCCGGUUGCAGACCGCCUCGGGGUGUGUGUCUGUCCUCAGGUCCGCGUCCGACCACGGCACGCUGGCUCAGCAGCUCUGCUCGCAGCACGACCCCUGUAUUUUCCUCAAGUUGUUCCAGUUCAUCAGAACCAGACCAGACAAGCGGGCGACACACACAGACUGGAUUCUGCUGGACCUGCAGGUGGUGCGUUUGCUGAGCAGACUGAUGACUCAGAGAGCCGAGCGCUGGAGCACCGGCCAGCAGAGCAGCUGUCCGUGUUACACCGAGCUGGUUCAGACGGUGGUGAUCGUCUUCCAUCGUCAGUGGUUGGACCUCCGUGGUUCUCUGGAGCCGACGGACUCCACAGGCCCGGCCCCGCCCUCGCAGGAUUGCCCCGCCCCCUCGCUGCCGUGGUGGCGCGGCCCGGCGGCCUCUCUGCUCAGGGAGUGUCUGCUGCUUCUGCACUGGCUGCUGCUGCACCACGGCCGCUUCUCCGAGACCUGCAGGCCGCUGCUGCACAUGUACGACCAGGUGAUCCCCGCCGUGCGAGACACCCUGAGGAAGAUCCCCGAGCUGAGCGAGAGCGAAGAGCUGGCGCUGGAGGAGAUCUGCCGCUCGGAGGGCGACGACACCGACGACAUGGACACGGAUGCUGGCUCCUGAUUGGCUGCUGCCACGGAACGCGCCUGCGACCGGCGAGCAAAAAAACGGGCGGGACAUUUAUACCCGGUCGGAUGUUUCGGGCUGAGAAUGGCGACGGAGCGAAAAUACUGAAGUUGAUGGUGGAGAGAGAGAGCGAGAGGAUGAGCGGAAAGUCAGAGGUGCGACUGAAGUGACGAUUUCCCAGGAUUCAUUCUGCUGCGACUUAACAAUAAAUGUGGAGGUGAGAGAAACUGCUGAGGUCAACGUUGAGGUUUUGCAAGUUUGUUUUCCUCCUCCAGUCUCUGCUGAACAGAGGAGCGCCAAACCUUUAAACUCACGUAUCUAAACUUUAGAAAAAGAUGAUGAUGAUGUUUCUGUGCAGUGAGACUUUGUUUCUGUUCCUAAAUGAUCUCACUUCUAGAAGAGAAUGUUGUGCUCAUUCUACUUGAACUGCCGUCUUCCAGUUUUUUUUUUGGUUUGUUUUUUCAUUUCGUCUCAGUUCUUUCCUCUUCAACCUUUUUGUUCGGAGGCUCCACAGGUGUUUCCACAGAGAUACGGGACGACGACACUUUUAAUCACUUGAAAGAUCCAGACAAACUUUACACUGACUGCGAGUUUCCUGUUUGGGGACGAAGGCUCGAAAGACUAUAUAAUAUAUGAAGAACGGUUCGGGACCAGAACAUUUUGUGAAACACCUUUUAUUUAUUCUCCAGCUGUAACUGAGGUCUGAGGAGCGCGUUCAUACGGAGGCGUCCUAUUGGCUGUCUGCAGUUCUGUGGUUUUGGCUCAAAAGAAACACAAGUGUUGGGAAUUAUUAAAGUCUAGUUCACUCAAGGUUAAAACUUUUCUUAUCAUGAUUCAAAACAGGGUUUUGUUCCUUUAAGAUUAGAUUUAAUUACAAUGUUGCCCUGAAAUACAGAUUUCAUCAUUUUUCUGAUCACAAAUUGAAAGUUAAUAAUAAUACUAAUUCUGCAGUUAAAAUAGGAUUUCAUGUCUCAAGAAAACAAACAGCAAGUAUUAUUUUAAAUAUGAUUCCAGGAGGCGUGAUCACUGCAAUAAAGCCGCUGUGUUCCUUUGUAA